CUGAGGUAGCCUAGCCUGUCGCUGAGAGCGAGCGCUCGGGCGGGCGCAGUCGGAAGUCGUGCUGGAGAUGGGCUGAAAGUCGCUGUGGGAUUAAAGCACCGAGGCGUGGACACGGAGCGGCUUUCCCCCGGAUUUAUCAGCUCUUGUGAUGCUCAGACCCAGCUAUGCCUUACGUGGAUCGGCAGAACCGCAUCUGUGGCUUCCUGGACAUAGAAGAAAAUGAGAACAGCGGCAAGUUCCUGCGCCGCUACUUCAUCCUGGACACAAUGGAGGGCAGUCUGGUGUGGUACAUGGACAACCCACAGAACCUUCCAGAAGGAACCCAGUGUGUCGGCUCUCUGAAGCUCACGUACAUCUCCAAGGUUAGUGAUGCGACCAAACUGCGACCCAAGGCAGAGUUCUGCUUCGUUAUCAACGCUGGAAUGAGGAAGUUCUACCUGCAGGCCAAUGACAAGCAGGAUCUGGUGGAAUGGGUGGCGGUGCUCAACAACGCCACUAAAAUCACGGUGCCGAAGUCGGGAGAUCAGAGCGGGCAGAACCCGGCAGAGGCUUGCGUGGAGGUCCUGGGCGCCAUGAAGCAGGUCUCCUACAAGACGGAGAUCAUCGGAGGAGUUCCCAUCAUCACCCCCACACAGGAGAAGGGCGAAGGGCAGAACGGGGCAGAGAGAGGGGCGCUGAGGAAGCCUCCGGGACAGGUGCCCUACUACCUGAGCCGAGCCACCCAGGACCAGUCGGUGGUGAAGGUUGGCUACUGUGUUAAACAGGGGGCCGUGAUGAAAAACUGGAAGAGGCGAUACUUCAUGCUGGACGACAACACCAUCAGUUAUUUUAAGUCAGACCUGGAGAGAGAGCCCCUCCGUGUCAUUCCCCUGAAGGAGGUUACUAAAGUCCAGGAGUGUAAGCAAAGUGAUUUGCUGAUGAGGGAUAACCUCUUUGAGCUUGUCACUACCUCAAGAACGUUUUAUAUUCAGACGGACAGUCCAGAGGAGAUGCACAACUGGAUCAAGGCUAUUUCCGGAGCGAUUGUAGCCCAGCGAGGCCCCGGCCGCUCCGCUGCUUCAGAACGCCGGGAACCCCCCUCCAGCUUUUACUGCAGUGAACAAGGCCCCCCAGUCCCUCGCUCGCCCAUCGCCACCGAACGCCUCCAUUUCCCAGAAUACCACUUCCCCGCGGGCCAUCAGCAUGGCGUGGGACGAGCCGGACCUCAGCGGCCUUCUGCGGAGCAGCCCACGCUCCCGUCUGUCACUCCAGGAGGCUCCCCGCCUUUUCUUCAAGUAAGCAGUAACGACACGGACUCGCCCUGGGAGCGGAGGAGCAGUCCGGAGAUCUGCCCAUCUGCUGUUGAUGACUCUGAUGAUAUGCAAAUUACAGAGGUGUAACGACCUGCGGUGGUAAAACAGCAGCUAAAAUAAACACACACAUACACACACACACACACACACACACACACAUGCCCCUCCACGUUGAGACGAGACACAGCACAGACUGAUCAGUGUCGCCAAAAUUGACCAAAGUGGAUAAAGUAAGGCAAUCAGAACUGCAGUAGACUUGAGAGGACCGAGCCCAACACGCUGGGUUUGCCCUGAGGAUUAUGAGGUUCUGCGAUUUUUGGUUCCGUUUCCAGACCUGAAAGAUAAGCCUCCAUGUGAAGACGGUGGCGAAACGCCGAUUUAAACCGAGAGUUGAGAACUUCCGGAUUUCCUUUGAAGCACAAACUGGUUACCAGUCCGAAUGAAACCGUUUCAGGACUGAAGAACAAGUCUUAACCUGAUUCACUUGGAAUUAAUUCAAUUAUUAUAUCUCUCUAUAUAUUUUUUUUCCCCUUUUUCCUCUUCACCUUGUUUCUCAUGGGGUACAGUUUUGUUUUAUCCUUCGUAAAUCAGCGUAUUGCGGUUUCCUCUGUCGAACUGAAUGGAGCACUGUUUUCUCCUGAGCUUAAAAUUUUAUCCUGGUCUUUUUUUUUUUUUUAAACAUUUUAGAAGGUUUCUGGGUGAGGGCUUUUCAUUUCUGAGCAAACCAAAGCUUAACCAAGAUAAUACCACUACCUACAAGAGAGAAUUAUUUUGGAGAAGACGUGAUCAAUAUUAUAUUUGAAGAUCUAUAUAUAUAUUAGACAGAGAUACAUACUGACUUUAACGAAUGAUAGAGUUUAUUCAAGAGCAGAACUUGUCAGACAUUUUAAAAGGCAAAGACAUUUUUGUUGGGAGUUGACCAAAAACGACAGGACGGUUAACUUGGCAACAGACUUGUACACUUGUUUAGGGUGCUGGGGAAACAUCAUCUUGUCGUCACUGUAUAGAAUCGCAGUGCUUAUUGUGAAAAUGUAAAGUUCUGAACAUGAGGACCUUCCGCAGGGGUUAUUAGAGAUUUUAAGGAAUCUCCGAGCUGCCGACCUUCAGACGUUCUGCACAGGAGCACUGCAUUAGAACAUCCGAAUACGCUGCUAGGAGUCAUCGCUCAACUCAGACAUGCACCAAUCUUAUCUUCUCUUAUCUUCUCUUAUCUUCCUCCACUACAGAACAGCUAAGAUGAUGAACUAAUUGACACAUUCAUCUGGAAUGAUGACCUACUGACCUCCCGUCCCCAUCUCGCGUUAAGUAAUGUUUCGUCUGGUUUUCUCGGCUCAACGCAAUUUUCCAACCUGAAAGAUGUGCGCUUUUUUUUUUAAAUUAAUUGGCUAAAAGACGUAUAUAAUUAACAUCAGUUAAAUCCGAUAACCAGCGUGGAGUAAAAAGCACCACGAAAUCCAGUUUCUAGCUAACACAAGUGAUCUGUUAAAGGACAUGAGGGUUGGCAGGUCUGGGAUAUGAAAGAACGUUGGAGAGCAAACUGUACAGAAGCACGUUUUCCUUCUGAUGACGGACUUCAUGCUAAACACGGUGCGCCCGAUGUUCAGAAACGAACCGCUUCCCCUGAAAACGUUAUGCUAGCAGUGAAUGAAAGCUAUGAUUAUUCUGCUUAGCAUAUUGUGAAUGAAACCACACUAACGCCACACUAAUGUUAGUCAUUGUUUUGACGGCAUACUCGUUUAAUUAUCUCCCCCAACCUGCCCAGUACCAAUAUUCUAACUUUUUUUUGUUGUUGUUGUUCUGUGAAGAUUAUUCUUGUUAAAAAAAAAUUUUCCCUGAUGUAUCGUGGAAACGCGACUCGGGGGCCAACACUUCUGUCACUCAGCGUCAUGGUUAUGUGUCAACUUGUUCACCCGUAAACUGCGUUGCACAAGUCCGCUGUUACAUGCCGUCUUAAGUGCCUGCAUACUUUCCUUAUGACAAGCUAAUUUUGGUUUCUUGUUGUGUACCUGACAUUUGUAAAUCGUGUGCAUUUAUUUAUUAUGUGAAAGUUUGAAGAUUAAACUGACCAAUUUUAA